AUGCGUGUAGUGCGAUUGUUAGUUCGUACUGCUUGCCAUCGAACCGUGCGUUCUGUAUGUGGUACGCGAUAUACGGGGAGCUGCUCAGUGAAAAUGACAAUACGCGAAGGUUCUGCCUUUAUUAAUUUACCGGAGGGUGUUUUUUACAAUCCUGUUCAAGAGUUUAAUCGGGAUCUCACAAUAGCCGUUGUAAAGCACUAUGCGAAAAAACAUUUUGAGGAAUUUAUAAAUAAAGGAAUCAAGAAGGCAGGUGAGAAGGGGGCUCCAGAACCCGUUACAUAUUCCGGAUUGUCUGUGCUCGAGGCUCUCUCUGCAUCUGGCCUGCGUUCCAUUAGAUUUGCUAAAGAAGUUCCACUUCUAAACAAGGUAGUUGCGAAUGAUCUUGAUCCAAAUGCGGUGAGACUGAUUGAGGAGAACGUUAGGCUCAAUGCUGUUGGAGAUUCUGUUGUGCCGUCCUGUGCUGAUGCGGUUGGUUUAAUGCACGACUCUGUUAAGAAUAAGUUUCACGUUGUUGACAUUGAUCCGUAUGGCACGGCUGUCCCUUUCCUAGAUGCAGCUGUUCAGUGUCUUUUUGAUGGUGGCCUUCUUUGCGUGACUUGUACUGAUAUGGCUGUCCUUUGUGGCAGCGCUGCUGGCACAGCCUACGGCAAAUAUGGGGGAGUAGCCAUCAAGAUGGCAGCUCAACACGAACAGGGUCUGCGGUUAUUGCUGCAUGCGAUGCAGCAGGCAGCAAGUCGAUAUGACAGGGUAAUCGAACCUCUUCUCUCGCUCUCCAUAGACUUUUAUGCUCGCGUCUUUGUGCGCGUCCGGACCAGCCCAUCAAGAGUCAAGCGGAUUGCCUCCCGACUGGCCAUCAUUUAUUCCUGCACAGGUUGUCAGGUGGGGCUAUUUCUUUCUAUCCUCUUUUUCAUGUCUGAUGACCAUAGGUUUUGGCUGCGGCCAUUGCAAUCCGAUGGGUCAAUUUGUCCCAUAACUUUGCAUGUGGUCGUAAUCGAAGUUGCAAUGCUCUCGAGUGGGAUGAAGUAUGAGGGAUCGGUGAUAAACCUCGUCGUUCUCAAUGUACUCAUUUAG